UCAGAACUGAAUAUAGCAGCGCUCGCACAUCGCCCCGUUUCUAAAAUUCCCAUUAUUUCAUGACUUCUUCAUCUGUGUAAAUAGAUUAUUUCUAUUUUUUUUUUUUAUAAAUAACAAGACAACAGCAAGAUGGAACUUAAUUCUCUUUUAAUUCUGCUGGAGGCUGCAGAGUACUUGGAAAGAAGAGACAGAGAGGCAGAACACGGCUAUGCGUCUGUUUUACCGUACAGGAGCGACUUUUCCAGUAAGAAAACGAAAGCCUCGCCAAUUUCCAGAAAAACUCCAAACAAUAGAUCGUCGCACAACGAGCUGGAGAAACACAGACGUGCCAAACUUCGGCUGUACUUGGAGCAGUUGAAGAAGCUGGUGCCUUUGGGUCCAGACAGCAGCAGACACACCACACUGAGCUUGCUGAAAAGGGCCAAGAUGCACAUCAAGAAGCUGGAGGAGCAGGACAAGAAGGCUUUAAACACGAAGGAGCAGCUUCAGAGAGAGCACCGCUACCUCAAACGCCGCCUUGAGCAGCUCUCUGUGUCCGGAUCCGUUGAGCGCAUCCGCACCGACAGCAUGGGCUCGACCAUCUCCACCGACUCUGAGCAAGAGGUGGACAUCGAGGGCAUGGAGUUCACUCCCGGCGAGGUGGACAGCCUGGGCAGCAUCAGCGACGGCGAGGAGGAGGAGGAGGAGGACAACUUCAGCCUCCAGAGCAGCUCCAGCGACACCAGCUACACGGCCACACAUUCCCACAGACUGCAGCCGCACCACUGUUAGACGCCGCGCGGCCAUCCGUCUCCCAAACCAGCUUCCUCACCCAGUGCUUCCCUCCCCUCACCUGCACCGUUCCUCGACCAUUUACAAACGCAGACGCCGCCCGCUACCUGCGUCAGACCGGUCCGAUACGGUGGUACACCCUGAACAUGUUCCUCUUGUCCCCGGCUCUCCAGGAAGUACAUGGGGCUGAAAUGCCACUCAAGCCUUCCUGACCCCCCCCCCCGCCCCCUGACCACUGACCCUACCUCACCCUACUGUAUCCUGCCUGAACCCGCCCCUCCAGACACGCCCUGCCCUCCCACUGCCGUCACAACCCCCUUACUUAGUGUUGCCGCAGGCUCGUAGAGAGCAGAGCAGAGUUUGUGGUUUUAAUGGGGACUUCUGUAGUGAGUUGGAUAACUUUGACUUGUUAAUCAGGACGUGUGCGUUAAUGAUUGUGUGUGUGUGU